AAUCCUGACCUCCUUCCUUCCACAGCCAUCACACAAUGAACUGAGAAAGAAAAUGUCCAACCAAACCAUCCUGACCGAGUUCCUUCUCCUGGGAUUCUCUGAUGUUCAGGAGCUGCAGAUUUUGCACUUUGUGGUGUUUCUGCUGAUUUACCUGGCAGCCCUGAUGGGGAAUCUUCUCAUUCUCAUGGUUGUAGCCCUGAACCACCACCUUCAUACCCCCAUGUACUUCUUCCUGAUGAAUCUGUCUAUCCUAGACCUUGGUUCCAUCUCUGUCACCAUCCCCAAAUCCAUGGCCAAUUCCCUCACAAACACCAGGGUGAUUUCUUAUCCUGGAUGUGUCGCCCAAGUGUUUCUCUUUUUCCUCUUCACUGCAGCUGAUUUUGCCUUACUCACUAUCAUGGCAUAUGACAGAUAUGUCGCCAUCUGCCAACCACUGCACUACGAGAGCAUAAUGAACAGGGGAGUUUGUGUCCAAAUGGCAGCCAGUGCCUGGAUUACUGGUAUUGUCUACACUUCACUGCACACUGGGAACACCUUCAGGUUACACUUCUGCCAGUCCAAUGUCAUCAACCAGUUCUUCUGUGAAAUUCCCCAGCUACUCAAGCUCGCCUGCUCUGACUCAUACCUCAGUGAAAUUGGGCUUCUUGCCUUUAGUGUGUUUUUAAGUUUAAACUGCUUUGUUUUUAUAAUUGUGUCUUAUGUUCAGAUCUUCAAAACCGUGCUGAGAAUCCCCUCUGAGCAGGGCCGGCAUAAAGCCUUCUCUACCUGCCUCCCUCACCUCACUGUGGUCUCUUUGUUACUUUCCACUGGCUUCUUUGCCUACCUGAAAUCCACCUCCAGCUCAGCAUCAGGGCUGGAUCUCAUGGUGGCUGUUCUCUAUUCUGUGGUGCCUCCAGUGAUGAAUCCGAUCAUCUACAGCAUGAGGAAUACGGAGCUCAAAGCUGCAUUAAAGAAACUGAUUGUGUGGAGGUUAUUCACCAACAACAUAAAAUCUGUACUAAUUCCAUGGAAGUCAAAUGACUGCAGCUUCUACAAGGCGCUGGACACUAUCCUCAGCAAUGACACCACCUCCACUGUCAAGAGCCCCAGGCAUACUUUGGCAGGACUGGUGGUGGCAGACAGGAGACUCGACCCCAAGGACAAAGUUGUGGAUGAAGAGGUUGAGUUGGAGGAUGGUGCGGAGCACAUGGCAGUGUCAUCUAGUGGUGAGGUGAGUCAGGAACUCUUCCACUGCGGAGAGGUCUAG